GGCUCGUUGCUUGUUCCGUCGAUUCGCCGCGUUCAGUGUUGUUGUCGCGUCGUGACGCUGCUGUUGCCGCUGCCGCCCCCACACACAUGUGCGAGCAGAAAACACGUUACGAGGGGAAAAUCGACGGAAAAAUCCGAAAAAAUAAUAGAAAAGCUAACUGAAAAGAGUACAAGACUGAGGUAUUGAUAAGUUAAUGUGGUUUAAUACACUAAUUAAGCGAAAGUGGCCGGUAUUAAAAGUGCCAUUACGGUGGUGCUUACGUUUUCUCCGUCUGACGUAAGACUACUCCCUCUCUCUCUCUCCAUCUCGUGUCUCUCCGAUUCUCUUUCUCCGCGUGUGGAUUGCGUUUUGCCGGCGACGGCGACUCCAAAAAAGACACGGCACAACACACUUUGUGGCCCAAGUUCAGUUCGCUUUUCGUCGCCAGUCCGCAAAAAUGUGAAAAUGGAAAACUGAGGGAAAAACCAAAAAGCCGCAAAAGACUGCCACUGCAAGUAAAGCUCCAAGUCGCUGAGAAGCAAUAGCAAAUGCGCUAAAAAAUCAAGAAUAAAAUAAAAGAAAUGUGCGGGCGUGUAACAAUUAUGUGAUAUCUACAACAAAUGCUCGAACUGCUGACGUCACGCACAGAAUCGUAGAAUAUAUAGAGAAUAAAGAAGAGAAACGAAAACGUCGCGUAGUAAAGUUAAAAGUUCCCACACCACCGACGUACUCGCACUCACACACACACAGACUGAGUCAAAAGAGUAAGAAGCAGCAGCACAUUAUACGUGGAAUACAAAAAGUAACCGAAAGAAAAGGCAAAACGCCCGCAAAAAAUGAAAAAUUUGCAAAUAUGAAACGUGUGUGAUAUUCAAAAAGAGCAAGAAGAAGCAGGCGGCGGUGGAAAAAAAAAGCAGAGCAAUUUGUUGUGGUUGCGUGUGAUAUAUAGAAAGCAAGUAAAACCAAGAAAAAUUCCAUUUUUAGAUGUGAAGAAUCCUUAGGUGCUAAUUUAGUUGAUAAGCGCAACCAGCAAGAGAGGAAAAUAGAGAGCGAUAAACAGAAACAGGCAGUACAAUAAGUCAACCGACUCGAGAGCUGGAAAUUCCGACUGGGUGGCAACUUUUCGAAGGCAGUGCUUAAAAAAUAUAUACAGAAGAUAUAUACACGGAGCAAAGAGAGAGAGAGAGAGAGAGGAGGAGGAGAGAGUGAGAGUGAGAGGGGGAGAGAGUAAGAGUCAGGCGGAGAAUCGCCGAGGAAUCACGAUAGAACCGGCAGCGAAAUGUCCAAGUUCUUUGUGAAUGUUGCCCCCAUCAACAACAGCAGCAGCAGCAGUAGCCACACGACCACCAGCAGCAACACCCAGCGACUCCAGCAGCACCAACAACACUAUGGCGGGGGCGGGACAACCGGCCACACGAUGGUGGCCCGCAGACUCCACUACGAUCUGCACGGCCGCGUCAACAACAACAACAACAUUGUGAUCAAGAACGAGUCCCUCGACGUGGACUACGAUCACGGCCUGAGCAGCAGCGACAGCAACAGCAACGGCGGCGUGGCAGCCCACCUGCGGGAUCAUGUCUACAUCAGUCUGGACAAGGGGCACAACACGGGGGCAGUGGCAACAGCAGCGGCGGCAACGACGGGCCACACGCAGCAGCAACUGCAGCAGCAGCACCACCAAAAUCAGCAGCAACGCAAGGCGACCGGCAAAUCAAACGAUAUCACAAAUUACUACAAGGUCAAACGUCGGCCCCACGCCGUCAGCGACGAGAUCCACCCGAAGAAACAGGCCAAGCAGAGCGCCCACCACCAGACGGUGUAUCAGAAGCACACGGCCAGCAGCACGCCCCAGCAGCUGCGGCACAGCCACCAUCAGCUGCGCCACGACGCGGAUGCCGAGCUGGACGAGGAUGUGGUGGAGCGGGUGGCCAAGCCGGCAUCGCAUCACCCCUUUUCGCUGUCGACGCCCCAGCAACAGUUGGCCGCGUCGGUGGCCAGCAGUUCCUCGAGCGGAGAUCGCAAUCGGGCGGACACCUCGCUGGGAAUACUGACCAAAAAGUUUGUGGACCUGCUGCAGGAGUCACCGGAUGGCGUGGUGGAUCUGAACGAGGCCUCCAAUCGAUUGCACGUUCAGAAGCGGCGCAUCUACGACAUUACCAAUGUCCUCGAAGGCAUCAACAUCCUGGAGAAGAAGUCGAAGAACAACAUCCAGUGGCGCUGCGGGCAGUCGAUGGUCAGCCAGGAGCGAUCGCUGCGCAUCGAAGCGGAUUCGUUGCGGCUGGAGCAACAGGAGAACGAGCUGAACAAGGCCAUCGACCUGAUGCGCGAGAAUCUGGCUGAGAUCUCCCAGGAGGUGGAGAACUCCGGCGGCAUGGCCUACGUCACGCAGAACGACCUGCUCAACGUGGAUCUCUUCAAAGAUCAGAUCGUCAUCGUGAUCAAGGCGCCGCCAGAGGCUAAGCUUGUGCUGCCCAACACAAAAUUGCCGCGAGAGAUUUACGUGAAGGCGGAGAACAGCGGAGAGAUCAAUGUCUUCCUCUGCCACUCUGACACCUCGCCGGAAAAUUCGCCGAUCGCGCAGGGAGCCGGCUACGUUGGAGCCCCCGGAGCAGGAUGUGUCCGUACGGCCACCUCCACACGACUGCAUCCGUUGACCAACCAGCGACUGAACGAUCCGCUCUUCAACAAUAUCGAUGCCAUGAGCACCAAGGGAUUAUUUCAAACGCCCUACCGCUCGGCUCGCAACCUCAGCAAAUCGAUUGAGGAAGCCGCCAAGCAGUCCCAGCCUGAAUAUAAUAACAUUUGUGAUAUUGCGAUGGGCCAGCAUCAUAAUCUGAACCAGCAGCAGCAGCAGCAACAGUUGCUGCAGCAGCCGGAGGAGGACGAUGUGGACGCGGAGCUGAACCAGCUGGUUCCGACACUGACAAAUCCGGUGGUCCGGACCCAUCAGUUCCAGCAGCAGCAGCAGCAGCCCUCCAUCCAGGAGCUGUUCAGCAGCUUAACAGAAUCCUCGCCUCCAACGCCCACCAAGCGGCGUCGGGAGGCAGCAGCCGCAGCAAUUGCCGCAGGCAGCGCAACAACAGCAACCACUACGCUUAAUAGUCAUAACAACAGAAACCACAGCAAUCAUAGCAACCACAGCAACCAUAGCAGCAGCAACAGCAAAUCCCAACCACCCACAAUAGGCUACGGCAGCAGUCAGCGACGCAGCGAUGUGCCCAUGUAUAAUUGUGCAAUGGAAGGCGCAACCACAACAUCUGCAGCAGCAGAUGUGGUAGCUGCCACAUCGCGAUCGGCCGCAGCAAGCUCGCUGCAGAUGCAGUUUGCUGCCGUCGCGGAGAGCAACAACAGCAGCAGCAGCGGCGGUGGCGGCGGCUAUGGCAGCAUCGCUGGCGCUGGCGCCAACGCUGAUCCCCAUCAGCCGUUCAGCCAUGACCGCAACAGCCUGCCGCCCGGCGUGGCCGACUGCGAUGCCAACAGCAACAGCAGCAGUGUCACGCUGCAGGGCCUCGAUGCUCUCUUCAACGACAUUGGCUCGGACUACUUCAGCAACGAUAUCGCCUUUGUGUCCAUCAAUCCGCCGGACGACAACGACUAUCCGUAUGCGCUGAACGCGAACGAGGGCAUCGAUCGGCUGUUCGACUUCGGUUCGGAUGCCUAUGGACCCUAAGAGGAGACGUCCACGAACACAAUCACAACCACACACACACACAUAUGUCUACAAAAUUGGGAUUCUGGGGGUGUUUAUAAUUUUAAAUUAUAUACAAAUGGCAAAAGAAAAAAAAGAAACAAAGCCAGAAAAUUAUUAAAUUAUUUGAUUGCAAAUACUAGAAACCACAAAAAAUCCAAAAACAAAACACAAAAAAAAGCGAAUCAGCAAAACUUAAUGAAACUAAGUUGUGUGUACAAUUUUAAGCUUAAAAAUAUAUACAUUUAAAUUUAUAACCCAAACUAAUUUAAGCGAAACAAAACGAGAACACAAAAUCUACUUUAC